AAAAGCACAGCACAGAUACUCACUCAAACACACACAACGUUGUUAGAGAGAGAGAGGGAGAUUGUGUUGUGUAUCUAUGGCGAGUAACAGAGAGAGAGAAGAGUCUCUGACAUUCACAAUCCCUUCUUCCUCUUCUCAUUCUUCCCCUAUCACCGUCUCCGACCAACUCGACAGCUACCUCGCCGACCCCAGAAGCGCCUCCGGAAGCUUCCAGAACGACGGCCUUCUCUCCUCCGCCGAGGCUGCCGCCGAUCCCGAUUUUGGAUUCUCCCGCCCCGAUUUUCGUCAGAGUCCCCUCGCCGGCACCGUCGAGUUCUACCAACGCCACGUCUUCUUAUGCUAUAAGAACCCUCGCGUUUGGCCACCGCGCAUAGAAGCUGCUGAAUUCGAUCGCUUGCCGAGGUUGCUUCACGCUGCCGUUGUCGCAAGAAAACCUCACAUGAAAAAGGAGACUCGGUUAACGAUUUGUGAGGGUCAUGAUGGAACUGAGACAUCCAAUGGGGAUGUGUUGAUCUUUCCUGACAUGGUCAGAUACAGGAGGUUAACGCAUUUUGAUGUGGAAACGUUUGUUGAAGAGGUUCUUGUGAAAGAUGGGGAAUGGCUUCCUGGAACCCCUGAGGCAUUGAGAGGUUCGUUUGUUUUUGUGUGUUCGCAUGGAUCCCGUGAUCGCAGAUGUGGGGUUUGUGGACCUGUCUUGGUCAGUAGAUUCAGGGAGGAGAUAGAGUUACAUGGUCUUCAGGGUAAAGUGUUUGUAAGCCCGUGUUCUCACAUUGGGGGAAGUCAGUAUGCUGGAAACGUCAUUGUAUUUGGACCUAGCAUGAAUGGAGAAGUCACUGGCCAUUGGUAUGGAUAUGUUACCCCGGAUGAUGUGCCUUUAUUGCUUCAACAUCAUAUCAUGAAAGGGGAGGUUUUAGACUCAUUAUGGAGGGGUCAGAUGGGUUUCUCAGUAGAUGAACAGCUGAGUAAGCAAGAACAAAGGCUUCUGCUGAAUGGCUUAAGAAAUUUAGAGGAAAGCAAUGAAGUGUCUAGAUCUCAAGAAAAUUUUGUGAGCUGCUACCAAUCAAAUGCUAGCUGCUGUCAAUCAAAUGCUGGCUGCUGCCAGUCAAAUGGAGACUCUUCUUUCCAUCAGAAUCACGUUUUAGUGGAAAAGAGAUUGGACCCUGAUGUCAUUGAGGCGGAGGCAAAACUCUCAGCUGAUAAUAAGAACAAGGACUCUGUGUUUUCUCGGAUGAAUAGUGGCAAAGGAGCUUCACGCAAGUUUCCUUCUGUGACAACUUGGCUUGAUGGUUGGGAGCAAGAAGAUACAUACGCAGCUCUUGCUGUUGUAUGUGCUGCUGUGUCAGUUGCCAUUGCCUACAACUGCUACAGGCAAUUGAGAUAGAAGGAUUCAACUUUGGCAGCGCUACUAAGUGGUUCACAUAACUUAAGUGUUGCUAUAUCUGGAUAUAUUAGCUUCAUGUCUGAUGCUAGUGCAGUUCUUCUUUAGAGCAGUCAUAGUUACUAAACAUGUAGGGAAACGAGCGGGAGCUCAAUGUGUAAUCUGAAUGUGUGUGAUUUAGUGCUUGCACUGUA